AUGGUGGAGCCGCCGGCUGAGCCUCCCCCGCAGCCCUGCCCGGCGCCCGGGGGGGCAGCGGCGGCGGCGGCAGCAGCGGCGGGGGGAGAGCCGGCCCGUCCCGGGGAGCAGUCGCCGCUGCUGCACCUGGACCUGUACAACUUCGACUGCGCGGCGGCGGAGGGCAGCCGGUACGUGCUGACCAGCCCGCGGUCGCUGGAGGCCUGCGCCCGCUGCGCCGUGCGGCCGGUGGAGCUGCUGCCGCGGGCGCUGGGGGAGCUGCUGCGGGAGGCGCCCGGGCGCUCCAUGCGGGUGGCCGCCGGCCUGUACGAGGCCUACGAGCGGGAGCGCCGCCGCAAGCUGCAGCAGUGCCGGGAGGAGCGGGAGAGGAUUAUCCGGGAGGAGAAGAGGCGGAUCCUCGCACCCCUCGGCAGCCUGCCGCCCUCACCCGCCUCCCGCGUCGCCCCCCGGGCCGCCACCGCCGCCACCGCCGGCGGGCCCCGGCCCCAUGGCGGGGGGAAGGCCGCGGCGUCGGGGGGUGCCAAGGCCAAGAGCCACUCCCUGGACUCGCUGCAGAAGCGCCGUGAGGGCAGCUGGGGCAAGACCUCCUCCGAGUCGGGGGCCUCGUCCUCCUACAGCGGGGAGAGCCUGCGGGAGCGCGGGGGCAAGGGGGGCGGCCGGGGCCGUGGGGCAGCCACCGCAGCGGCCAGCGGCUCCCUGCUGGGGCGCAGCUUCAGCCUGGGCGACCUCAGCCACUCGCCGCAGACCGCCCAGAGGGUGGAGAGGAUCGUCAGGGAGGUGAAGAGGAGGAAGGGCCUGUCGGAGGUGCCCGAGAGGGACAAGAAGAUCGCGGCGCUGAUGAUCGCCAAGCACCAGGAGGCCAGCCUCCUGCGGGAGCAGCGGCAGGCGGCCCACCUGCAGUGGGACAGCCAGCGGCGCUUGGCGGAGCAGCGGAAGGAGCAGGAGGAGAAGGAGAAGCAGAGGGCCCUCCUGCAGGGCCAGCGGAUGUGGGAGAGCCAGGUGGAGAAGCGGCGGGGAAGGCUGAGCCAGGAGCAGGAGGAGGCCGCCCUGCUGAAGCAGAGGCAGCGCCUGGUGUGCGAGGAGAGGUGGCGGGAGCAAGCGGAGAAGCAGGAGCGGCUGCGGAGGGAGAGGCUGGAGAGGGCUGUCCAGGAGGACAAGCAGAAGAAGCUCCAUCAAGAACACAACCUGAAGGCGAAGGAGGAGGGCAAGAAGGAGCACCGGGAGCGAGAGGAGCAGCUCCUGCAAGAGAAGCUGUCCACGGCUGCGCAGAAGAGGCUGAAGAAGGAGGUGCAGCUGCAGAAGGAGAAGAAACUGCUCAACCAAGCAGAGAAGCUGAAGCACGAGGCCUUGCUCAAGGAACUGGCCAAGCAAGAGGCAGAAGAGAAGGAAAUGCUGAAGGCCUCCCUGGAGAUGAGUUUGACCAAGGCUCAGGAGAACUACGAGCAGCUAGUGGAGAAGAGGAACCAGGAGCUGAGGGAGAAGGCCAGGCGGGAGGACAGGCAGAUCCAGAGAGCCAAACUGGCAGCAGAGAAGAAGGAAAGAGAGCAGAAGGAGCACUUGGAGGCCCUGGCUAGAGAGACAGAGAGAAAGCUCCAGCAUGCUGCCCAGGUGGCUGAAGAGGUUGUCCAAGAAAAAGCCCGCAAGGUGGUCUUGAGCCGUCUGGAGAAGGAAAAAGUGCAGAAGAUGAACAAGCAAAAGGUGGAACAGUACGAGGACUUACGGCGCAGGGAGAUCCUCCUCUCUAUAGAGAGGAAGCUAGAGAGGAGCGAGCAGAUCUUCAAGGAGAAGAAGACUGUCCUAGAAAAUGCCAGGUCUGUUGCUCGGGCAUCCUUCCAUGUCCGGGAAAAGGUACGGGAGGAGACAAACAUGCGCACCUUUGACAAAAUGGCCUUGGAAGCAGAACUGCAUGCCCACCUGAGUAAGAAAUGA